AAAGACUUAGUCCUGAACAACUCUAUUACGAAAACUCACCUUCUGUAAGGAAUAUGUUUCCCGAGCUUCGCUCAACUUAUGGUCAACAUAAUCGGCCUACUGAGCGUACUAUUCGCAACACCAUAACCCAUCUUGAGACCCAGCAUUCAGUAUUGAAUAAUAUUGGACCGAAUAGAAAACUUAGUCGGCUGACAAGCACGCAAUUAAGAAAAUAAAGCAGCCCUAACUGAAAAUGUGCACGAAGAUCGUGGCGAGUCGAUUCGGUGCCGUUCGCAGCAACUCGGGCUGAGUAUGGAACGACUUGGCGCAUUUUACGUAUAGAUUUUAAAUUGAAAGCGUACAAAAUAUAGCUUGUGUAAAAACUGAAGUCGCUCGACCUUCCCAAAGUUCCAACAAGAUCCGACGUUUUCGAGCCAAAUUUUGUUCAGCGAUCAGGCUCAUUUUUGGCUCAAAGGGAAUGUAAACAAGCACAAUUUUGGGAUGAAAAGCAACCUGAAAAGAUCAAGAGCUGCGAUUUCAUCCAGAAAAAAAAAAAAACGGUUUGGUGUGGCUUGUGGGAGGGUAGAAUCAUCGGUCCAUAUUUCUUCAAAAAUGAUGCCGGUGAGAACGUAACCGUCAAUGGCGCACCAUGAUAACCGACUAUUUGAUGCCUGAAAGUCGUGAUCUCGGCGACAUUUGGUUUCGGCACGAUGACGCCACUUCCUACAUAUCUCAUCAAUCAAUGGAUUUAUUGAGAGAACGUUUCGCUAUUUGUAGACGGCUAAAGCACCAUGACUAUGAAUAAGUUGGAUGCCACAUUGGAUGACGUGCAGAACACGCGUUUCGGGAAUAUCUAUCACGAUCUGAUCAAGCAAAUGGCGAAGACGACGCAGUUCACAGAGGGUGAAGUGAGCAGCAUUUUAAUGGUCUAUCACAAAUUCGUUUUGGCCAACGGUUCCAAGGCGAAGCAUAUGACAAAGAAACAGUUCUUCCAUCUUUUCCUGGUUUUGUUCAAAAUCUUCGAUUUGCAAAUAAUCGAACGCAUACUCUUACACAUAACUUUGGAUAUGAAAAAGGAGGUAGACGCUGUUGCUUGGGUGCGCCUCUUCUCCGUCUUUAUGACCAACAAAUUGGAUCAGAAGAUCAAAUUCACUUUUCAAAUUUACAAUAUCCAUGGUAACGGGUUUUUGAAUCGUGAAAUUGUGCAACAUGCGGUCGAAAAGUUUUUCGUAGGGGAAGACGAGGACGAAGUGAACGAGCUGCGGUCGGAUAUGGUGGAUUUGUUGUUCAAGAAAUUCGAUGUCGACAAGGAUGGUGUGAUAUCGUUUGAUGACUAUUCGCAGGUUGUCAUGAAGCAACCGAUGUUGCUCGAGUUUCUAGGACAAUGCUUUCCGUCCAUAAUUGGCACAACAGUAAUUGCUCUCUGUGCGAACAUAAUGUCCAAGGUAAACUUUGAUAAACCGUGUUCAUAA